AUGGUAAUUGUAAAUGAGGCUCAGAAGGCAACCACCAUAGCCACUCCCCCAAGUGUGCGUCAGCUCGUCACCACCACACCAGGCCCCUCCAGGGCUAGCAGUGGCAUGAGCGGCCUCUCCUAUCGAGGCCUUUGCGUUGACAACCACGCAGUGGUCGCGGCAGAAUGCACACCCACAUCUUCAUCAUCAACUACCACGCAAAGCGCGGCCACACCACAUCAGCAGCAAAAUCAAGAACAGCAGCAGCAGCAGCAGCAGUCGGCGUUACAGGUCGUAGUGCCGGCGAUGUCAGUGGCGGACGAAGGCUUUUCAACACCGAGGCAGUGUCGCCCACAGUCGCAGCAUCUCAAGCUGAGAGACGUGCCUGUCGUGUCGUAUUCGUCUUCGGAGGAGGAAGACGAUAUAUACUAUGAUACACGGGAGAAUAUCGCCUCUGUAUCGCCUAGUAUUUCCAAUGCCUCGGAGAUAUGUGAGAACGGCUUCGAUGCGAAACUGAAUUGCGAGGAUUGCGUGACCGAUGGUGCUGGCGGUGGCCGCGGUAGCGCACGUCGCUCCGCCGACCAGGUGGACCUCGAGAAGGGUCACUUCGGCUCCUCACUCGGGUUAACAGCUGAAGAUUCAAUGGCACUGGGGAUGUCGACGGUCAACAGUCAGCUGCCGGCGAAGUACAGUAGAAUCUUUGCCUACGAUUCCCUCUACGACGACGAUGAUGAAAAGGACUUGGGCUCUUUGCAGUCGGAGGGCUCGGUGAUCUCCUACCUGAUCUCCCAGCUCCGCAUCGGCAUGGAUCUGACGCGGAUCACCUUACCCACCUUCAUUCUGGAGAAGCGUUCCACCCUCGAGAUGUACGCCGACUUUCUUGCUCACCCCGAUCUCUGGGUGGCCAUUGUGGACGGCAAGACGCCGCAGGCACGAUUCAUUGCCUGCCUCCAGUGGUACCUGUCGGCGUUUCACGCAAGCCGUAAAACGCCGGUGUGCAAGAAGCCCUACAACCCAAUCCUGGGGGAGAUAUUCCGUUGCUGUUACUACCUCGGCCCCGCCUCCCCCGCCUCCUCUUCACAGCCUCUCCUCGAGGAAGACAUUCCAGUGGUGUAUUCGGAUGAGGAGAUGGCGCGGUGUGGACCUAUUCCCUACGCUUCAGAGGAUUGUGUCGUCUUCCUCGCCGAACAGGUUUCUCACCACCCACCCAUCUCUGCCUUCUACGCCGAGUACAUUCCUAAACGCAUUCAGGUAUCAGGUCACAUUUGGACCAAGUCCAAGUUCCUCGGCUUGAGCAUUGGGGUGGAAAUGGUCGGCAGUGCCACCAUCGUCCUCCUUGAUCGACCCGGCGAGGAAUACGUCGUUACAUUCCCCUCCGCCUACGGAAGAAUUGAUCUUCUCAACUUGUUGUGUCGAAUCACCACACUUCCGUCCAUUGGCCGCAACCUCACGACUCUGCACGCCAAGGUCUUGGCUCCACGACUCAGCCCCUUCCCAAAGAACAUCCUGGGCGUACCGUGGGUGGAGCUGGGAGGUCAGUGCUCGGUAACCUGUUCGAAGACUGGCUACUCUGCGGAGGUGAACUUCCUCACAAAGCCCUUCUACGGGGGCAAGAAGGAUCAAAUCCGGGCCAAAGUCUUUGGGCCCGACUCCGAAAAGCCGUUCCUCACCGUUGAGGGCGAAUGGAAUGGUCAAAUGAUCGGCCGCUGGACAGACAAUGGGAGAGAGGAGCUCUUCGUGGACACCAAGGCGCUGCCGAUCAUGAAGAAGCAGGUUCGUCCACGCAGUCAACAACUCUGCAACGAAUCAAGAAAAUUAUGGGAAUCUGUGACACAGAACCUGAAGCAGGGCAAUAUUGACGCCGCGACAGACGCCAAGUCACUGCUGGAGCAGCGCCAGCGUCGUGAGGCCGCAGCUCGUCUGGAGGCACGCCAACGGUGGAUACCCUUUUAUUUCACCGAGGAAAAGCGCUGCCUCCCGACAGCCUCCACCAGUGGUGCUGGCGACACCUACUAUCGUUUCAAGUGGCCCCUAACUUGCCGGAGUUCGGCUUCAACCCAUAAAUCUGGCGCCUAA